AUGUGGAUCCGCUUCCGUUUAAAGAUGUUUUGCGCGGGAAAGCAGAAUUUUGGACCAUUUUGGGACCAUGUGUUGGGGUACUGGAAUGCGAGCUUAGAGACGCCGCACAAGGUGUUGUUUCUGAAUUAUGAUGAUCUGAAGGAGGACACCACAUUUCAUCUCAAGAAUUUAGCUGAGUUCUUGGGAUGUCCAUUUAGUUUGGAGGAAGAGGAAAAAGGGGUCGUAGAGGAAAUUAUAAAGUUGUGCAGUUUUGAGAAUCUGAAAGACCUGAGCACAAACAAGACUGGCAAAAGGCCUUACUAUUUCAGAAAAGGGCAAGUAGGAGAUUGGGCUAAUUAUAUGACACCUUCCAUGGUUGAACAUUUGGAGGUAGUCGUGAAAGAAAAGUUCAGUGGGCCUGGUUUAAGUUUCAAGGUCUAG